AUGAUAUCAAAUCAGGAAUAUUGUUAAGAGCAUCCAAAUUUUUAGAUUGGAGGCAUUUAUAUUGGCAAUAAAAACCAAAAUUUUGCAAGAAAAGUUUGCGUAGAAUGUAUUUUAACACAAAAAAUUCCUCAUGACAAAUUAUUAUCGAAAAAAGAAAUCCUCCAAUAAUUACUUUUAAAAGCCAAUUAAGUAAACAUGAAAUAUGUAUUGGACUAAAAUUAAUGUACAUCACUAUUUAAACCAUUUCUAAAUCAAUUUGAUCUAAUAGAAUAAGAAAUUGAUUUAAUUUUUAUGAAUAUAAGGGAUUCUAUUAAAAGAAUUUAAGACGAUUUGAUAUCAGAAGAUAAUAAAUUUUUAAACCUUUUGAAAAAUGAUUUGAAUCCUUUUGAAUGUUCUUAAUAAGAAUUAGAUUUUCUUGUGGAUUUUUUAGUUGGUAAUAAUUUUGAAGAAUAAAUUAACAAAAAGAAAAUGGUAACUUCUGUAAUGUAAAAAGUUGGAUUAUUUUUGGAUGGACUCAUAUAAUAUCUAUUUAAGUCUAGUCAUCUAAUUGGAGAAAUUCAUAAUAUUUUGUAAAAAAAGUUAAUUACAUUUAGGACGAUUAAAAAGAAAGAAGAACUUAUCAUUGAUUUAGAAGGAUUAUAGUAAUUCAACAAUCAAUUAGUUAAAACACCAUUUAUUCUCAUAAAAUAAAUAAAUAGAAAUAAAAUCUAUAAAAAGGAUGGAUAAAUUCUAAGAAUGUAUAUUAAUUUUUUAGUUUUUUAAGUGAAAAGUAUAUUUUGGGGUAAAAAGAUGAAAAAAUAUUGAUCAAUCUAGAGUAAAUCAAACAUUUGGAAUUUAAAGGAUAAUAUGGAAUUAACGGAAAUAAAUUGAAAUAAUGGAACUAUUAUUGGAGAGGAGAAAAAAUUGGAGGUGGUAAUUUCAAUAUUAAAGGAUAAAAGGAGGGAAAGUGGCUUGAUUUAUGUGACAAUUAUUGGGAGUAUUUUUGACAUUAAAAUAUUUGCUUAGUUAAAAGAAUAUAAUUGAAGAAGGUUACUAUUAAGAAGAUAAAAGAAUUGGAGAUUGGAAAAUUUAAUGGAAUAAUUAAACAAUGUAAUUUUAUUAUUGGAUUUAAAAUUAGCGGAGGAGGAUCAUAUGAUAAUUAAAGAAAAGAUCAGAAAAUCGGAAGAUGGAUAGAGUUAAGUGAACAUUUUUGUGUAACCGCUUAAGUUACCUAUCAAGGUGAAUAUAAAAAUGGCAAAAAAUUUGGUAGUUGGGAUAUAUGGUAUAAUAAUGGAAAAAAUAAUCAAAAAAUGUAAAAAAAUAUAAUAUAAAACUUGAAAUUGAAUUUUAGUGGUGGUGGAUCAUAUGACAAUGAAGUUGAUGGUAUGAAGAUUGGAAAGUGGAUUGAUAUAAGUGAAGGGUUUUAUAGAGAUUGUUAAGUAACGUAUAAUGGUGAAUAUAAAAAUGGUAAAAGAAUUGGUAAAUGGGAUAUUUGGUAUCAAGAGCAUGAACAUUGUACACAAAAUACUAAGAUGUAAAUAUUAUUUUAUCAUGUGUGUUAUUUUAAAUUUUUUAGCGGUGGUGGAUAAUAUGAUGAAGGUGGUUUAGGCAUUAAAACGGGAAAGUGGAUUGAUAUAGUUGAUGGAUUUUAUGAUGAUAAAUAGGUAACAUAUAGUGGCGGAUAUAAAAAUGGUGAAAAAGUGGGUAGAUGGGAAAUUUGGUUUAAAGAGCAUGGAUAUAAUAAAUAAAAUAAUAAGAUGUAAAUAUUUUUUUAUCAGGUGUGGAAUUUUAAAUUUUUAGUGGUGGUGGAUCAUAUGAUGAAGGAGGUUCAAGCUUUAAAACUGGAAAGUGGAUUGAUAUAAUUGAUGGAUUUAAAUAUGAUUCUUAAGUAACUUAUUAAGGUGAAUAUAAAAAUGGCAAAAAAUUUGGUAGUUGGGAUAUAUGGUAUAAUAAUGGAAAAAAUGAUCAAAAAAUGUAAAAAAAUAUAAUAUAAAACUUGA